AAGAACCUGCAAGGGGCUGCUGUCAAAGAAGAGGGGUUACAACAGAGCCGAGCCCCUGCACAGCCCUGCUGGUCGCACUGGGAUAGCUGGGGGUGGUGGGGGCUCCUUCCCGUCCCAGUUUCCCUGGCUUUCACACGAUGGCAGCAGAGGCGAGGGAACAUUCACGGCCGGCGGGAGCCGGGCUGAGCGGGGGUUCUGCUCCUGGCACAGCUGCCCUCGCUGCCAUCACUCCCCAGAGUGCCCUCCUCUGCCCUUGCUGCCCCGGUCUGCCUUUGCUGCCAUCGCACCACACACUGUCCCGCUCUGCCCAUGUUGCCCCGCUCUGCCAUCGCUGCCCUCCCCGCCCGUGCCACCCUCACUGCGCACGCUGCUCGGGUUGCCCUCGCUGUUGUGUCUGCGCUGCCCCUGCCCACACUGCCCUCACACCCCACAGUGCCCUCGCACCCUUCCCUGACCACGCUGUCCGUGUUGCCCGUACUGUUCAUGCUGUCCUCGCUGCCCCAGCCUACCCCGCACUCAGCAUCAGGCCCUGGCUCCUCCUCCAGCCACCCCGUGACGGUCCCAGGGGUGACACUACCUGCCCAACCUGCGCUGCGACACCCAGUCCCACCCCUUGAGUCAACCGGCCGCGCUGUCGCCAACCCCGCCUGUGCCGCCGCCGCUGCCCCAGACCCUCCGCGGGACCCCCUUGGCUCCGCUCGCUCCCCGACAGAGAGGAACCUUCGGUCGCUCCGUCUCCUCCCUCGGCGCCUCCGGGAGCCCGGCCCGCCCCGCCAUCUGCUCGAGGCUUGGCAGCGGGAAGGAGGAAACCCCGGGCGGCACUGCGAGGGCAGGCGGCAACCGGGGCGACAUGGGCAGCGCCGAAGAGGAUUAUAACUUUGUCUUCAAGGUCGUCCUGAUCGGGGAGUCUGGGGUGGGAAAAACAAACCUGCUCUCUCGUUUUACCCGCAACGAGUUCAACCACGACAGCCGCACCACCAUCGGCGUGGAGUUCUCCACCCGCACAAUCCUGGUGGGAGACGCCGUGGUGAAGGCUCAGAUCUGGGACACUGCCGGACUGGAGCGGUACCGCGCCAUCACCUCAGCGUAUUACCGGGGGGCUGUGGGUGCCCUGGUCGUGUUUGACAUCACCAAGCACCAGACGUACGAUGUGGUGGACCGCUGGCUGAAGGAGCUGUACGACCAUGCUGAGGCCAGCAUCGUUGUCAUGCUGGUGGGGAACAAGACUGACCUCGCACAGGCUCGGGAGGUGCCCAUGGAGGAGGCAAAAAUGUUUGCAGACAACAACGGGCUGCUGUUCGUCGAGACCUCGGCACUGGACUCCACCAAUGUUGAGGAAGCAUUUGAGACCAUCCUGAAGGAAAUCUUCUACAAAGUGCAGAAGCAGAAGCAGAGGAGCAGCCAAAGCAACACGGUGUCACUUGCCAGCGAGAACCCCGCAAGCACGGCCCCGGCACAGGCGGAGAGGCGCCCGUGCUGCGUGGCCCUCUGAGCCCGCUGGGCACCCCGGGAAGCCCCCGGGGAACCCCACGGCCCCGGGACACACCAGUGGCAUCCAGCACAGGCUGGUGUCACCCUGCCUGCAGUGACAUCCCUGUCCUGGUGCAGUGGGGACCAACAGCCUGGACAGGAGCCAAAUUCUGCCAUAAACAGUGAGAAGCACCAGUUCCAGGAGCUCUUCUCUCUCUGUUUCAUUUUUGCUGGGCCCUGAUUAGCAUCACCACUGUCACGCACCGUAUCAGCCCUUGUGGACCUGCAGGGCAAAGGACCAGGACACCCCUGAGGCACCUCUGGGGAAGAAGCCAGGAGGUUCUUGGCAGGAUCAUGCCAGCAACGGGAGCUCUCUGAUUGCCUCUGCCCCUGGGGUUGCUCCUGUAGGGCCACCCUGUGCCACGUGCUGAGGAUGUGGCUGACCAACAGGUGUCUGUCUCACCAGGGACUGCUCUGGAGUUGAGCCAAGCCCUCAGGAGUGAAGUGGCAGCACUCAGCCCUUGGCUGUCUCAUCCCUAGACAUCUGUCCCAUCCUUAGACAUGGGGCAAGUGUGACAGCCAGACCAAGCAAAGGUGCCUGCUGUCUGCAUGGCAGAACAGGGCUCAGCGCGGGGCCCAGUGCCGUGGGGCCGGGAGCAGCUCUGUGUCCAGCACGGGUGUGACGCAAUCAUUAAAGGACUUGUGAAAUGCA